GUACAACUAAUGAGAAAAAAAGAACCAGAGAGGAAAGGGGAGAACUCUGCUGCCACCAUGCAGAAAAGUAUCAGGUCAUUUUUCCAACCCAUGAAAGAGGGUAAAGCACAGAAGCCAGAGAAGGAGACAGCUAACAGCACCAAAGAGAAGGAGCCACCUCCAAAGGUGGCACUGAAGGAGAGGAAUCGAGCAGUGCCUGAGAGUGAUUCUCCAGUGUCAAGCCCUGGAAGGAAGGCAGCCCAGGUCCUAAGCAGCGAAGGGGAGGAGGAAGAUGAAGCCCCCAGCACCCCUAAAGUCCAGAAGUCUGUGUCAGACUCCAAACAAAGCUCUCCUCCCAGCCCUGACGCAUGUCCUGAGAACAGUCCUUUCCACAGUAGCCCCUCCAUGGAGAUCUCCCCAUCAGGAUUCCCGAAGCGUCGCACUGCUCGGAAGCAGCUCCCGAAACGGACAAUUGAGGACACUGUGGAGGAGCAGAAUGAGGACAAAGGCAGAGCAGCCAAGAAAAGGAAGAAGGAAGAAGAAGCACAGACUCCAAUGGAAAGCCUCACAGAGAGUGAAGAUGUAAAACCCAAGGAAGAAAAGGAGGAGGGCAAGCAUGCUGAGGCUUCCAAGUCCCCUGAGUCGGGAACCUUGACAAAGACAGAGACCAUCCCAGUGUGUAAGGCCGGCGUGAAACAGAAGCCUCAGGAAGAGGAGCAGAGCAAGCCUCCUGCCAGAGGCGCCAAGACACUCAGCAGCUUCUUCACUCCCUGGAAGCCAGCAGAGAAAGCCAUAGUGAAACAAGAAGAGCCAGGUACUCCAGGGAAGGAAGAGACCAAGGGAGCCCUGGAUCCAACAAAUUACAAUCCUUCCAAGAGAAACUACCAAGAAAUUGAAGAUGCCUGCUGGAAACAUGGCCAGAAAGUCCCUUUUCUCGCUGUGGCCCGGACCUUUGAGAAGAUUGAGGAGGUUUCUGCUAGGCUCAAGAUGGUGGAGACACUGAGCAACUUGCUGCGCUCGGUGGUGGCCCUGUCACCUCCCGACCUGCUUCCUGUUCUUUACCUCAGCCUCAACCGCCUUGGGCCACCUCAGCAGGGACUAGAGCUGGGUGUUGGUGAUGGUGUCCUCCUUAAGGCAGUUGCCCAGGCCACAGGCCGUCAGCUGGAGUCCAUCCGGGCUGAGGUAGCUGAGAAGGGUGACGUGGGACUGGUGGCCGAGAACAGCCGCAGCACUCAGAGACUCAUGCUGCCCCCUCCUCCGCUCACCACCUCCGGGGUCUUUACCAAAUUCUGUGACAUUGCCCGGCUCACUGGCAGUGCUUCCAUGGCCAAGAAGUUGGAUGUCAUCAAGGGCCUGUUUGUUGCCUGCCGUCACUCGGAAGCCCGGUUCAUUGCCAGGUCCCUAAGUGGACGCCUGCGCCUCGGGCUGGCUGAGCAGUCCGUCUUGGCUGCCCUUGCCCUGGCUGUGAGCCUCACACCCCCUGGCCAAGAAUUUCCCCCAGCUGUUGUGGAUGCUGGGAAGGGCAAGACCACAGAGGCCAGAAAGACAUGGUUGGAAGAACAAGGCAUGAUCUUGAAGCAGACCUUCUGUGAGGUACCUGACCUGGACCGAAUCAUCCCGGUGCUGCUGGAACAUGGCCUGGAACGCCUCCCAGAGCACUGCAGGCUGAGCCCAGGGGUCCCUCUUAAACCAAUGCUGGCUCAUCCCACUCGGGGUGUCAGCGAGGUACUGAAACGCUUUGAGGAGGUGGACUUUACCUGACUGUACAAAUAUGACGGGCAGCGGGCCCAGAUUCAUGUUCUGGAAGGUGGAGAGGUGAAGAUCUUCAGUAGGAACCAGGAAGACAACACAGGAAAGUACCCGGACAUCAUCAGCCGCAUCCCCAAGAUUAAACUCCCCUCGGUCACCUCCUUUAUCCUGGACACUGAGGCUGUGGCCUGGGACCGGGAAAAGAAGCAGAUCCAGCCAUUCCAAGUGCUCACCACACGCAAGCGCAAGGAGGUUGACGCCUCGGAGAUACAGGUGCAGGUGUGUCUGUAUGCCUUUGAUCUCAUCUGCCUCCAGGGAGAGUCCCUGAUUCGCCAGCCCCUGUCUCGACGUCGGCAGCUGCUCCGGGAGAACUUUGUGGAGACAGAGGGUGAGUUUGUCUUCGCCACCUCCCUGGACACCAAGGACAUCGAGCAGAUCGCUGAGUUCUUGGAGCAGUCCGUGAAGGACUCCUGUGAGGGACUGAUGGUGAAGACCCUGGAUGUUGAUGCCACCUAUGAGAUUGCCAAGAGGUCUCACAACUGGCUCAAGCUAAAGAAGGACUUUCUUGUGGGUGUGGGCGACACUCUGGACCUUGUGGUGAUUGGCGCCUACCUGGGCCGGGGGAAGCGUGCCGGCCGGUAUGGGGGCUUCCUCUUGGCUGCCUAUGAUGAGGAGAGUGAAGAGCUGCAGGCCAUAUGCAAGCUGGGAACUGGAUUCAGUGAUGAAGAGCUGGAGGAGCAUCACCAGAGCCUAAAGGCCCUAGUGUUGCCGACCCCACGCCCCUAUGUGAGGAUCGAUGGGGCAGUUGCCCCAGACCACUGGCUGGACCCAAAGGUCGUAUGGGAGGUGAAGUGUGCGGAUCUCUCCCUGUCCCCUAUCUACCCUGCUGCGCGGGGCCUGGUGGACAAAGAGAAAGGGAUCUCCCUUCGUUUCCCUCGGUUCAUUCGUGUCCGUGAAGACAAGCAGCCAGAGCAGGCCACCACCAGUGACCAGGUGGCCUGUUUGUACCGGAAGCAGAGUCAGAUACAGAACCAGCACAACUCAGACUUGGACUCCGACUUUGAGGACUGCUAUUAACCCCCUGGCCUCUUGGACCUGGGGUGGAGGUUGAGGGAACCGGGUACUGUUUGCCUGGUGGUGUUGACUGGUGUGUGUGUGGGGACAUAGGGGUUGGAGACUGGGGCUGGAGUGCUUCCUUUUCUUUAAUAAAUGACUAUUAAGUGCCUACUCUGUGAGGAGGUCCACAUUGA